CUCCAGAAAAUUGCCUUGCCCCCUCAUUCCACGCCUCCCCUCCCGAUCGACAUACAAUAAUCGAUACACCCAACAAACCAAUACGGACCCAGAACCCGGCCCGAAAAAUGCCUCCGUCCCCCUGCGCGAACUGCCACGCCGAGCGGGCGGUGAUCAUCCGGCCGAAGAACCGGCAAAAGCUGUGCCGGACAUGCUUCCUGGCGAUCUUCGAAGCGGAAGUGCACGAGACGAUCACAUCGACGCGGCUGUUCCAGCGCGGCGAGCGGGUGGCGAUCGGCGCCAGCGGCGGCAAGGACAGCACGGUGCUGGCGUCGGUGCUGAAGACGCUCAACGAGCGCCACGACUACGGCCUGGAGCUGACGUUGCUGUCCAUCGACGAGGGCAUCAAGGGCUACCGCGACGACAGCCUGGAGACCGUCAAGCGCAACGCCGAGCAGUACGCCAUGCCGCUGGUGAUUCUGGGAUAUGGCGAGCUGUAUGGCUGGACCAUGGACCAGGUCGUGGCCCAGGUCGGCAAGAAGGGCAACUGCACCUACUGCGGCGUGUUCCGUCGGCAGGCGCUGGACCGCGGCGCCGAGCGUCUGGGCAUCCGCCAUGUCGUUACCGGUCACAAUGCCGAUGAUGUCGCUGAGACUGUCAUGAUGAAUCUGCUGCGCGGGGAUCUGCCCCGCUUGGCGCGCGGUACUAGUAUUGUUACUGGAUCGGCGGCCUCGGAUAUUAAGCGCAGCAAGCCGCUGAAGUAUGCCUAUGAGAAGGAGAUUGUGCUGUAUGCGCACCACAAGCAGUUGGACUAUUUCAGUACCGAGUGCAUUUACUCGCCUGAGGCUUUUAGGGGCAGUGCCCGCACGUUGAUUAAGGAUUUGGAGAAGAUUCGGCCGAGUUCGAUUCUGGAUAUUGUGCGCAGUGGGGAGGAUAUGGCGGAGUUGGUGCCGGCGGAGGUGCGCGGGUCCGGAGCCGCGGCCGAUGAGGAGGCGGCGGAGACGACGGGGUGCGGGAGUCAGAGUGGGCGGACGCGAGGCGGAGAGAUGGCGGAGAUGGAGAAGAAGCUAGCUGAGGACGAGGCCGCGACUGAGCGCGAGACGGAGGUAACGGUGGCAUCGGUCUCGGGAGGAAAGAGGAAGAAGAACGCAGUCAAGUCGCAGGUACUGGGCAAGUGUGAGCGCUGCGGGUAUAUCUCCAGUCAGCGGGUGUGCAAGGCGUGCACAUUGCUCGAGGGCUUGAACAAGAACCGGCCGCGGACGGCCAUUGAGAUGGAGGUGGGCUUGGAAGAGGAGGAGAGUAGUUCGACGCUGCGGCGACAGAUGGAGAAGGUCGAGCUCGGAGGAUGAGAGGGUGGUCUGGAUGAAGAAGACACCACUGCCGAAUUAGACGAGAUACUAAAGCCGAGGGACACUCCGACGGACUGAACAAUACCUGACAGCAACAGGACAGCCACUCAUCCCGCCAGGAUCAUUGCUGCAGCAGCAAUCACGACACAGAGUGUAAUUACUAGACGGGAGAACAGCCUCAUACCUCCGCCGACACCACAUAGACCAGCAUAUACCAAAG